AAUAACGUCUGAUCAUCUUUUCUCUCUACCAUAAACCUCUAUCACAUUCCUCAUAAAUAUCCCAAUUUUUCACAGAGGAGGGAGAAAACCUAUCUUCUCCGGCACCGGCGAAAUUCGAGGAGAGAGAAAAUUUGGGUUUCAUAAAAAUGGUAGAUGCGAGCGAUAAAUUGGCGUAUUUUCAAGCAAUUACAGGUUUAGAAGACAUUGAUUUAUGCACUGAGAUUCUUGCUGCUCAUAAUUGGGAUCUUGAGCUUGCAAUCGCUGCUUUUACUGGUAAUCCCAAUGUUCCGGAAUCUUCUGAUAAUGUCGGAAGUAGUGGGCAACAUCAACAACAACAAUCACAAUCACAAUCACAAUCUCUGCCUAGUGCGUUUCCAAACGACGCCGUUUUAAGGUCUGAUUCUAAUUCUAACCCUGGAAAUGGAAACCCUAGUUUGGCAUGGAGGGUAAUUACUUUACCGAUUUCGGUUGUUUCUGGUAGUUUAGGGUUGAUUUCUGGUGCGGUUGGGUUAGGGUUAUGGGCUGCUGGUGGGGUGUUAUCUUAUUCUUUUGGGAUGCUGGGGUUAGGGGGUCGUCGAGGUGGUGAUUCUUCUGCUAGUCCGUUGGUUCAGGUACCGUCUUCGGCUUCCGAAGCGAUGGAGUUUGUUGCAGCAUUGGAGAGGGAGUAUGGGUCUGGUAUGAGGGUGAAUUUUGUUUCAGAAGGGUUUAUGGAUGCGCUUCAGAGGUCUAGACAUGCUUAUAAGCUGUUGUUUGUGUAUUUGCAUUCGCCGGAUCACCCUGAUACGCCUUUGUUUGUGGAGAGGACAUUGGGGAGUGAGGUGUUUGCUGAUUUUGUGAAUGAGAAUUUCGUGGCGUGGGGCGGUAGUAUUCGUGCUUCCGAGGGAUUUAAGAUGAGUAAUAGUUUGAAAGCCUCACGGUUUCCGUUUUGUGCUGUUGUUAUGGCUGCUACUAAUCAACGUAUUGCUCUGCUUCAGCAGAUUGAGGGCCCAAGAUCUCCUGAAGAUAUGCUUUCCAUACUACAGAGAGUUUUGGAAGAAAGUGGACCUGUACUUGGCUCAGCCAGGCUUGAAGCAGAGGAGAGGAGGAACAACAUGCGCUUGAGGGAAGAACAAGAUGCUGCUUACAGAGCUGCCUUAGAAGCUGAUCAGGCCAGAGAACAGCAGAGGAGAGAAGAACAAGAGAGGCUUGAGAGGGAAAGGGCUGAAGAGGAGCGAAAACGUCGCGAGGAAGAAGAGGCACGUGAAAGAGAAGCACGUGAAGCAGCUGAAAGAGAAGCUGCCUUGGCUCGUAGAAAGCAAGAAAAAGCUUUGUCUCUUGGUGCUGAACCUGAGAAAGGACCUGAUGUUACUCAAGUUUUGGUGCGAUUUCCAACUGGAGAGCGUAAAGACAGGAGAUUCCACAGCAAUGCAACCAUCCAGUCUUUAUAUGACUAUGUUGAUUCUUUAGAUUGCUCAAACUUUGAAAGCUACAAUCUAGUCUCCAAUUUCCCUCGAACAGUAUACAGUCCAGAAAAGCAUUCUUUGACCCUGAAAGAAGCAGGCUUGCAUCCUCAGGCAAGUCUUUUCGUGGAACCAAACUUGUAGGGAAAAAUUUCUAUGUGAUCAACAUUGUUUAGAACUAUGAUAGCAGAGUAACACUUUAAGUCUCUUUUUCUCAGUGUUGGUCUAUCAAAUAUUCUGAUGAGUAUAAUCCCCAUGUAUUUCUCUUUCCCCUUGUAUUUUCUCUUCCAAAUUCUCACCAAUUUGGCUCAAGUAGGUGGAUUCAGAAUAAGGAAUGUUAGCUUUUGUACUUAUUCCAGCUGUCUCAUGCUUCUGGGGAAGUCUUUAGAGAAUGCAAUAUGAAUUGUCGCC